UCUGUGCUACAUAGUAAUUACUAAUCCAAUAAGCUGCCAUCAGCUCCUUAAACUGUAGUAGUAUCUAAGCUCCGUUAUAAUCUCAUUGCAGUAAACCCAAGGCCUGCUUCCUUGAAUCUAGAUGAUCCAGGUCGACUUGCUAUCAAUCACGAGCUCUCUGGAUAGCUCUGGCCUCUACAUUAUCUGUUCUCUCGCAAUAUCCAACCAAUUUCUAUCUAAAAAGGGCCAACUUCUCUUCUCCACCCCACUAAAAGCCUGUGCCGCCGCACGCCGCAGACUUCAAUAUGGCAUCCAAACCAGAUGAUAUCCUUGCGCAACUGCAAGUUGCCCGCGCUGCGUAUGCCAAGAACAAACCUGGAGCUCGUGAGCAGCUUCUGAAUCUUGGGCAUGCCUUGGUUUCGAGCUUAGAGCUUCCCAGCGAGGCUAUUCAGCGGAUGGGAUGGGCUGAGCCUGCCAGAGCUGCUCAUUGUCGCAUCGCCGUGGAUCUUAAUGUAUUUGAACACUUGAAGGAAAGUGGCGAGCAUGGUAUCAGCGCAAAGGACUUGGCUGAAAAGACCAAAGCCGACGAGGUCUUACUUGUUCGGACUCUAAAGCAUCUCGCGGCUAUGAAUAUUGUUGCGGAAAGCGGCGCAGAUAACUAUAUUGGAACGAGACUGAGUAACGCAUUCACGGAACCAAAAUAUCGCGAUGGUCUAAUCUACACAUACGACGUCGCUGGCCCCUCGUUCCGCGACCUGCCAGAAUACCUGAAAAGCAUCAACUACGCGCUUCCCACGAAGCUGACCGACGGGCCUUUCCAAGCCGCACACAAGACGCAACUGCCAUUCUUCGCCUGGCUGGACCAGAACCCGCCCUAUCUCCAGAUCUUCAACAACUACAUGUCAGCAUACCGCGCCGGGAAGCCCUCCUGGGUUGAUCCGGGCUUCUACCCCGUCUCCGAGCGCCUGGUCGACGGGUUUGACGGAAGUAGCGUUCUCCUCGUCGACGUUGGGGGCGGCUUGGGCCACGAUCUCCAGGAGCUCAGGGGUAAGCAUCCUUCUCUGCCCGGCAAGCUGAUCCUGCAGGACCGGGCCGAGGUUAUCUCCACUGUUUCUGGGCAAUCUGCGUUAUUCGAGGCCGCUGCGCACGACUUCUUCACGCCGCAGCCUGUGAAGGGCGCGCGCGCGUACUAUCUCCACUCGGUACUGCAUGACUGGGGCGACGAUGACUGUGUCCGGAUCUUGGAACAGCUGCGGCCGGCGUUGAGGCCGGGGUACUCGAGGCUGUUGAUCAACGAGAUCAUUGUCCCGGAUCGGAAUGCGUCGUGGCCGGUCACGUCGAUGGACCAGCUCGUGUUUGUUCUUGGCGCGAUGGGGGAGCGCACGCAGGGGCACUGGGAGAGCAUAUUACAGCGUGCUGGGUUUAAGGUUACGAAGAUUUAUAGCUAUGAAAUGGGAUCGGAAAGCCUUAUUGAAGCGGAACUGGCGUGAUAGCGUUCGGGGCCGCAGGUUACCUACCAGAUCUCUGCUGUACUUCUUCUCCCUGAACACAAUAGCUCAGCAUUACCCAUACGAUAACAAAUCAUUACCAAUGAACUAAAA